AUGCAACCUCCAAUAGCAGAAAUGAAAAGUAACCAUUUUCCAGCAUGGUCGAAAACGAGUAGGAGAACAAGAACAAGGCCCGAAAAGGCCCAAAUGUGCAGUCCCGAUUCUAAUCAGGGCCCGUCGGGCUCUGACAACAAAGUUCACGAUACAGAGAAUCUACCUCCUAAGAAAAAGAAGAUAGAAUCUGCUGAAAACCCAAGCCCAAUUAGACUCCCGUUCCCAAACGGGCCUUUGUCGAUGAAUCCAGGCCCAAAAAGUUGUAAAAGGGUGAAGAACUUGGUUGAUAUUGAUAAUGUUAUUGCUCACAAGAAUCUAGUCAGGGGCCCAAAGCCCCAUACUUGUGAUAUAUGUAGUCGGGCUUUUAGGAGCUACCAGGCCUUGGGCGGACACAUGUCCCACCACAACAGUUAUAAGGCCCAUCAUGACAUUAGCGUUGUCGGCUUGUCAUUUGUCGACUAUGAAUGGCCCGAAGCCCGGCCUUGUGGAGUGGAGCAUAAGUGCGUGUUCUGUGACCGUGUGUUUUCAAAAGGACAAGCACUUGGAGGGCACAAGCGGCAUUGUAGGCGGGCCAUGAAUGGAAAUGGGCUGGGCUCGGGCUUUGAUUUCGACCUUAACGAGCUCCCACCUGAAUGGGCCCACGACGAGACGGGGAAUGGUAAAUAG